GGCCAACAAAGUAUCAUCUUAUCUUGUAUUGUUUAUCAGGUAUUGUUCUGAAGUACUGACUUCCAAAACAGAACAUUAACUGGUAUUAUCUUAAGUAGGACAUUAUAAUGAUAGAUUUGGAAAAUAUCAAUUUACAAAAUAACCCGGUUCUUCAUUCGAACUGAGAUAGUUUGGCUAUUGCAUUCAAAUGAGCAAUGGCAAAAUGUGAAAUAGAGUGGCCUCCCUUGGAUUUUUGUUUACGAUUUCGUCUGUGUGCAGAUGAGCAAAGAAUGCAUUAUAAAUAAUAGCGAAACGUUUUGAUAUUGAAAGACAUAGAGAUUAUGGAGAACGUUAGUUGUCUGCAAGUGUCAUCUGAUGUCCUGAGUGAGUUUCUGGAAGUGGCUGUGCAUUGCAUCUUGUACAACCGAGGCCUCUACCCAGCAGGAGUGUUUGUGAAGAGGAAGAAGUACAAUGUCCCGGUUCAAAUGUGUCUGCACCCUGAAGUGAAGGAGUAUGUUAUCCACGUUGUUGAUGGGGUCAGGUGGCUGCUGGAGCAGGGAGAGGUCGAGACAGUGGCCAUUGUUGUUCUAAGGGCAGAUAACUCUCCACUGGAGAGAUUUGUGUUUGAGAUAACUGACACACACAACACCAGGUCAAAGACUGAUGAGUAUCUGUUCCAGUUGGAACAAUCCCUGAGGGCGUUCCUACUGAAGCUGAACAUCUGUGACUCUGUAUUGCAGCCUCUACCUGAAGACUGCACCUGGACAGUGCACAUCCACACACGGGAGUCUGCAGCCCAGAAGUUGGAUGAGAAACAGGUCAUCAAAGUCCCUGGGAGAUUCGAGGAGAUUCUACACUCCAGACCAAACUUCCCCUGGGUUGAAGCUGAUGAAAAGCAGCAGAAAAUGGAAGACUCAAAGCUUGUGCCUCUCAAGUCUAUGAAAUCUGACUUCUUUAAGAUGCAAUUGUUUGUUGAAGAAAGUGCUAAGAAGACAUCUUGAUGCGGAGUCUGUGUGUGCUGGUGUAUGUUUGUAGUGGGUUGGGUUUAAUGUAAAUUAUUUCGUACAAGUAUGUGUGGGACUUUCUUCUCUCAGGCUUGAGCCCAUGUGGUGGUAGAGCCCAGUUAAAUAUAUAACCACGAAAGUUACUAGAAAGGUUGAGCAACUGUUUCACAAGAGAAUGUUGUGACACUGAGACUUCUAGUGCAAUUUUCCUGACACAAUUGUCAUAUUGAAAUCUGAUAUUACAGUUUUAUCCAUAAUUGCGUGAUAUUGCAGGGUAAAGUUUUUUCUCAUUGUUCAUGGUUGAUUUAAUGAAUUAUGAAAUUUAAAUCUAUCUAUGCAACAUGAUAGUGAACUUAAAUAUAGUGUGUUGGGUUAUGCCCCUUGAACAUGCAAGGAUCCACUGGUUUUGUCAGCAGCAAUUUCUCUAAAGGAACA